AUGGCGGUUGAAGCAUCCCCAGGUAGUUCUGUAGCAUCUCCGUCGGCAGAGAACGUUAAAUCAACCAGAAAAUCGGCUGCCGGUAGCCAAGUUAGUAAUUCUGGUGACGGAGUAUAUUGCCAUCAGUGUCGUCAAAAAACCAGGGCUCCCGCAGCAGCAUGCAAGAAUCUUACGAAGAAGAAACCCUGUUCAGUAAAGAUGUGUUGCAGAUGCCUAUGGAACAGGUACGGUGAAAAGGUGGAGGAAGUAGCUAAGUUGGAGGAUUGGAAGUGCCCGAAAUGCAGGGGCAUUUGCAACUGCAGUGUGUGCAUGAAGAGAAGGGGCCUUCAACCCUUGGGUGUACUUACCAGGGCAUCAAAAGCGACUGGAAAGGUUGGUAAUGGCAUGAAUGGGUCUCUGGAGAAUGCUUAA